AUGGCUACAUAUUGGGAUUGGCAUGUUGAAUAUGAUGGUCCGUUCCUGGCAGCUCUUCCAAAUCACCUCAAAGUGCGCCUCCUCAGCUACAUUGCUAUAUAUGCGAAGGACCGACCACUAGGCGGGCUCAUGCGCGGUCUGCGACCUCUAUUCGAGAAGGCCCACGCCAGCGAUAGCCCCGAGAUUCAUCAAGAAAGCGAGUCCGAAGUCAACCGUCUAGACCUAAGCAGCGCCAUCGGUCGAUGGCUAAGCUUGAAACAACUCUCCGCCGAGCUCCUCGUCACCGAAAAACCAAGUUCCAUACAGCGCAAGCCCAAAGAAUCCGUCCCCUCCUCCUGGGAAGAGGAAUACGACGACGAAGAACAAGAGGGCAACACCACCACUCCAACAGCAAGCAAUCCCACCACUCUCCUCCAUACCCCAUCCCCAACCCUCCGCUUCUCCAACCUCCGCUACCUCUCCCUGGCACAUCCCAAACCUGGCACCGUAAACUGGAACUCCCUCAUAAGCCUCCUCUCCCGCCUCUCAACCAUCACCCACUUAUCUCUCGCCCACUGGCCCAUCCCAACCGUCACCCCGAACGCCAUCAAUGCCCGAAUCCGCCACCCCAAUCACCGCUCCCUAAUCUUCUCCUACGGCGGCACAGACACCUACUCCGCCAGCGAAAACAACUGGGCCGAAGCAGCAGGUAUCCUCCGGCGCCUCUCCCGCGUAACCUACUGCCUGAAAUGGCUCGACCUCGAAGGCUGUGGCGACUGGAUCCCAGCCCUAAAAUGGCAAGACAACGAAUCAAUCUCAACCGCGUACGCCUCCUCAGGCCCAGAAUGGAAUACCUCCUGGAGAGACAUUGAAUACAUCCGUCUCGGACCAGGCUGGCUUCCCCAUAUCGAUGACGCCGAGUUACUCCCCGAGAACAGUAUCAGCCAGAGCGGCUCCUCCUCCUCGUCUUUAUCUUCGCCUACCCGCUCCUUGGCCUUUUCGGCGCAUGCGCCGCUCUCACCGCCGCCACCGCAUCCGGCUCUUGCGGGCCGUCUAGGAGAUGCGGAGCCAGCGUCGGAUCUACCUUGGGAUGUGGAGGUCGAGCGGAUUAAGUAUCGGAGGGGGAAGGAGCUAGAGCGAUUCCGGGAGACGGUGCAGGCUGCGAAGGCAGUCCAGCAGUGGGUUUUGAGAUUGAGGAGGGAGGGGAAGGGAAAGUGGGUGCAGUUCUCUUUUGGGUUGGAGGGGAUUGAGGAGGAUGGGUUGAAGAAGUUGUUUGGGAAGGAGUGGGUGGGAAUCUUGCCUUGA